AUGCCUGAGUUGUGUGUGGUGCUCUUGCCCGUGCUAGUGCAUAAUUCAUUCAUAACUCACUUUGCGUCUUUUGAAUUCUUCUUCUCUUCGCUCGAAACAGGUCUCUCCGUUAUUCAGAGCUGUGAUUACAUUUUCAUUUCCUAUCUAAUUAUUUCAGGUCAUUUGAUAAUUCCUUAUGUGCGUCUCUGCCCCGCCGAACAUAUCAACAAUGCUCUCAUCCCUCUCAUGCCUUACGUCCUCGACGCGCUUUAUCAGAAAGUGAAUAAGAGUUGGGCUGUCGUGAAGCUUGUCAACAAGGACGAGGUGAAUGGGCAGGAGGUAGUCAAUGAGAUUUUCGUUGAAGAGACUGUUCGCUUGCUCUCGACAAGUUUGGUCGAAAUUACUCGAACCCUGUUGUUAUUCACGGGAGCGCACCCGCGGCUUCCUGAAGGCAUGGAAACAGAGGAGGUGGAGGUAGUGGAAGGUGAAACUGAGCAGGAGGGCGAGAUAGGGGCGACGACAGCAACGUCAGGAUCCAUGGAGUUCGGUCCGGUUGCAAAGGCCUUCCUUGUCGAUUGGGGCACAAAUAGUAUCGGUAACCAUACUGAGAUGUUCGUUCGCAUCUCCUCGUGGUUGAUGGCGGCGACCACUUGGCCUGACAGCAAAGUUUGCACCAAGGCUGCCACCCUUCUGGUCAAGGUCAUUGACUAUACACUGAGCCGAGAUGGUCCAAGCGUACAUUUCAACUUACCUACUGAGCUUGCCUCCCAGCUGCUGAUUGGUGGGUUACGAGCUCUCCAAACCAAUGGGCAGUUUCUGUCAGACGUCGGACCUCCUCUCUUCAGUCUGAUUAGUCGCACUAUCGCAAUGAUUGAGGGUGGUUUUGAGGCCGUCACUGUCCACCUAGAGCCCAUUCUGCUCUCCGCGCUGAGUAGCUGUCAAGGCACUGCGUCGGACAAUCAGCACUCUGUAGAAAUUAGGAAGUAUACAGAGUUGAUGUUUAAUCGCAGUAAAUCGCCCUCGGAAAAGGUGCUUCGAGAGCGUUUGAGAAAUUUGCUGAAGCCUAUAAUCGGGAUUCCAUUGGCAGAACAACACAAUCAGGUUUUAUCAAUCACAGCGUUAGAACCACUAAGGAGACCCAGUUUGCGAUCAAGACAACGCCAACGGAAACGUGAAGGAGUUAGCGUGGAGACUCGCGUAGAGUUGGCUAUCCAGGCGUUGGCUGAUCUCUUUGAGGCGGACUGA